AAUACGAGUCGCUCCUUACCAACCCUAAUUGUACUCACCUGUUGCCCAAUUCCUUCCUUCCUCUUCGUUAUUCAAUUCUCAGAGAGAAUGCCUCGGAGACCAUUUUCUUCUGCGUCGCCGACGGUACCAAUACCCAUCAACGACACUCCUCGAACCCGGUCCUCCCCAUCAUCCCGCAGUGCUGCCUCUAAGGUUGCUCAAUUUUUUUCAUCAUCGCCCAAAGCAGCGAGCUCUCCUCCCGGGUACCUUACCGCAUCAGCUUCCCUACUGGCUGCCCAGGAACAGAGCAACGCCCGUGCAUUCUCUCCCUCUGUUUCCCUGCCAACCAUCUCUCUUUCAACGGCCACGGCAGAUAAAACCUCGGAUACACCGAUGAUGCUUUUUUCUCCCCCCUCGCCUGAGGCCGCGAGAAAAUUGGCUAGACAGCAUGCGGAGUUUGGUCCCCUUGGGCAUGCCAGUCAUCAAUACGUCUCUCAGCAUCCGAAGGGAGCAGAGAUCGAGCAUCCCAUUGAAGAUGAGCCACCAUACUACUAUCUGCUUACGACCUACAUCUCGUAUUUGGUUCUUAUCAUUUUUGGGCAUGUGAGGGAUUUCUUCGGAAAGAGGUUCAAGGUUGAGACUUACAAACAUUUGAAGGCUCAAAAUGUAAGUCGUCGUCAUUGCUCGGGGGCGCAGCCGCGGGGAUAGCUCAGGAACAACCGUUAAUAAUAAUUACCGUACAGGGGUAUGCUCCGCUUAACGACGAUUUCGACAACUUUUACGUUCGUAGAUUGAAGAUGAGGAUCAACGAUUGUUUCGCUCGCCCUAUCACUGGCGUCCCGGGCCGUUUUAUCAAUGUCCUUGAUAGAACGUCGGAUGAUUUUAACCAGACCUUUAAAUUUAGUGGUACUUCGACUGAAACACUGAAUAUGAGCUCGUACAACUAUCUCGGUUUUGCCCAAUCGGAGGGACCUUGUGCCGACGCUGUUGAGGAUACCACUCGCAAAUAUGGGUUGUCUUCUGCAAGCUCGCGCAUGGAUGCAGGAACCCUGGAUCUUCAUACUGACGUUGAGAACUUGGUUGCAAACUUUGUCGGGAAACCCGCUGCUAUGGUUUUCUCUAUGGGCUAUGGUACGAACGCUGCUGCAUUUUCGGCCUUGGUUGGUAAGGGCUGUUUGGUAAUUUCGGAUGAACUGAACCACGCCUCAAUUCGCUUCGGUGUUCGCAUCUCUGGUGCCGUUAUCGGAAUGUAUAAGCAUAACGAUAUGAGGGAUUUGGAACGUCUUCUGAGGGAACAGAUUUCUCAAGGCCAACCUCGCACUCACCGUCCGUGGAAGAAGAUUCUUGUCGUCGUCGAGGGAUUAUAUUCUAUGGAGGGAACCAUGUGCAAUCUUCCGGCUUUGAUCAAUCUUAGAAAGCAAUACAGGUUUAACCUGUUUGUUGAUGAGGCUCAUUCGAUCGGUGCAUUGGGACCUAAUGGACGCGGCGUUUGCGAUUAUUUUGGUGUGGAUACGGCGGAAGUCGACCUCCUUAUGGGAACGCUUACAAAGUCCUUUGGGGCGAAUGGUGGCUACAUUGCAGCCGAGAAGCACAUUAUUGAUAAACUACGCUACUCCCAUGCUGGCAGCAUCUUUGGCGAGGCCCCCGCACCCCCCAUUCUCACACAAAUUUCGACAUCUCUGCGUCUGAUUGCCGGUGAAGUGGUGAUCGGACAGGGCGAAGAACGUCUUAGACGGCUUGCAUUCAACUCUCGCUAUCUUAGAAUAGGGCUGAAGAGACUCGGGUUUAUCGUUUAUGGCCAAGAUGACUCACCUAUUAUCCCUCUCCUGCUGUAUAACCCUGCCAAGAUGCCAGCCUUCUCCCACGAAAUGCUUCGUCGCAAGAUUGCUGUCGUCGUUGUUGGAUACCCGGCCACUCCUCUCGUUAGCUCUAGGGCCAGGUUUUGCGUAUCCGCAGCUCACACCAAAGAUGACCUGGAUAGACUCCUCACUGCAUGUGAUGAGAUCGGAGAUGUCCUGCAGCUCAAGUUUUCUAGUGGCCUCGCUGGUGGUGCCAUUCCUUUGGUGCCCGGUGUGACGCCAGAAAUGGAAAAGGAGCGGAAGCAACGUCGUACCUUGGUUACUGUUCCUCCGAGAUGGCCUUUGGAAGAAGUCUUGAAGAGAGGUGUCAAGGAUAUCCAAGUUCCUCUUAGAUAGUCGUCAAAUGAUGCCCAAUGGUUUCGGUUCUCUUUACAUGGCGAGUUUAUGGUUUCCUGCGGUCACUUUUCUGGAAUGUCUUUUCUGGGGAUUAAUGUACAGAUACUUUACCUCUCCCUAUCUCUCACUAGCAAGGGUGUCGGGGGUAUAAGUUGCAGAUGCAUCGUUUCGUUCUCAUUUUUACCUAGGAGUUGGCUUUUUCCUUUUUUUUUCCUUCUCUCUUGGGCCAAUAGCUUCUUCAGUCGGUAGUGCAUAUUCCCUUACCCCCCCUAAUGAUUUCCAUUUCUCUUUAAGGAGUUUUUUCUUCUUCCUUUCUCUCUCUAUAGAUUCGAUUGCUUCUUUUUUCUUUUUCUUCUAAUUCUCUCUCCGGCAAGAAACCGGAUGCGAUAUUUUUUAAGGCUGGAAUUACGGUCGAAAAAAAGAAGAUAUAAUGUUUAGAAAGAGGCGGGGUCUUUAAUCAUUGGAAACCGGGAGGGUGUUUUUCGGGCUGUACCAUUAUGUAAAUGGGAUUGGGCUUUUUUUUUUUUGGCAGGGUGUUUUUUCCUUUCUUUCUUGUUUUAUAGCUCUUCCGGGAGCCCGGUCGAUGUUUCUCGGAAAUGUUCUUAUUUUUCUUUU